CUUGUGCUGUCGCGAUAAGCGAAUCGAAUUGGUACGACUUGCUAUUUUUGGUUACCUUUAUGUUACGUCAUGAUGCAGACGCGUCGACAGUCUCCGUCUGAUUUUUUAUCUAAAUCUCAGGAAAUUACAGUGUAAGUAAUUUUGUAUGUAUGCAGAAACUUUCUAAUGAAUAUGUAGAAUAUUCUGUUCAAUGCAUAAGUUAGGAGAUAAAUGCUUUGUUGUUUUGUUAACUGCACAAUCAGUAAGCCACAUGUAGAUGUAUGGCGCGUCGUUCGUUGUCUUCUCUAAGCGUCUGUGUUUCAUGAAUGUAUAUUUAGUGAAUAGUUAAUAUUAUUGAAUAUCAUUAUACUUGAUAAUUGUUUAAGCGAAAUAACUAUAGACAUUUGAUAGGAAUCAGAUAUUUUAUUGCAUAAUUUUCUUACUCUAAGAUGCUGUUCAAAUUUCAAAACUACGGAACGCAAUUCGUGACAUCAAAAUGAUUUCUGUAUUCAAAUGCUGUACUUAUGAUUGUUACAAUUUGUAUUUCAGUCUUUUACCAUACAUUGACACGGAAUAAAUCUGGACCUUGUUUUGGUUAACUUUCUGUCAGUUUAUUACACGCCCAGGGUGUACAAUAAUUCGUGACAGAACAGUAAAAGAACUUUCCUUACACUAGAUCAGCAUGGAGCAGGAAACCAGGGAAGGAGUUCCACGAGAAAGGACCCUCACAGAUAAAGGGCAAGAAUUUUUCGAGGAAAACAGAAUGAAAAGAAUUACCAAAAUCAACCGUUUAUGGGAGGACAUUGACCAUAUCCUACACCAUACAUUUUGGGACAAAUUACAAAGCAUAACAAUUAUCGAAACCAAGGAACAAGAACUUUCAGACAAGUUUAGGGUGUAUUCAAAAUUAGUGUCAGACUGCGAGGAGUUCAUUAUUAGAAACAAUGAUGAAAGUGCAAUGAAGGAGUACGAAGUAUUUGUUGAAACAAACAAACAGAGAAACAUGGCUGUUGAAAAAACCUUUGAGAAAAUUCACGAAAUUAAACAAGAACUUCAGGAAAGAGGCAGUAGAUCUUCAGGACGAUCAUCCGCGAAGUCUAAUCGUUCAAACACCAGCUCAGCACUUGCUAAAGUAGAGGCAGCUCGAGUGAAGAUCAAAUAUUCUGAUAAAGAAAGAGAUAUUAUGAAACAGAAGAUCAAUUUAGAAGAAGAAGAAGCAUUGAUGAGGAUUGAGACAGCCAGGAGGAAGGCUGAGAUAGACUCAAAUCUUAACCGUCUCAAAUAUGAAAGAGAAUUGGCCGCAGCAGAAGCUGAAGUCAAAGCAAUGGAGAUGGCUAGAGGUGAACCGGAGCAAGGAGGCCUCUUGGAUGGAUUACUGGAAGAACAGGAGAGCCCUGCAGGUCGAACUGAACAGUAUGUAAAGAGCCAUGCUAACUUAAACGAACAUGCUGAUUUAAACCCAGCUGCAAGACCAUUUCAUCCACACUCUGCACAAGAUCGCAAUUGGUCGCCAGAGUUGUUCCGACCACUACCACCAUCGAGGAUGGACACACAUCUGGAAGAAGUCCGGGAGCCACCAUUUGUCAUGAACACAUAUCCUUCUCAAAAUCAUAUGUCAUCGGAAUUCACCAGAUUUCUGUUGAAGAAAGACUUACUCUUUGCACGAUUAAGUGUUUUUUCAGAGGAGCCAGAGUCGUAUCUCUCAUGGAAGGGAACCUUUAGACGUGUAAUGGAGGAACUAAGCGUAGAUGCUUCUGAGGAAAUAGAACUCUUGAUAAAGUGGCUGGGACCAGUGUCUUCUUCUCAUGCUAAAAGCAUCAAAAUUUCCAGUGUGAACAAUCCAUCGUUAGGACUCAAAAGGCUGUGGGAGAGACUGGAUGACCGCUAUGGGUGCCCUGAAAUGGUGGAAGAGGCUAUAAAACGGAAAUUGGAACAUUUCCCUAAACUGUCUAACAAAGACAACAAGAAGCUCUACGACCUAACUGACAUCUUAGCAGAAAUACAGAGCAUCAAGGACAAUCACCAGUACCAUAACCUCUUGGCAUAUUAUGACACUUCUUCAGGCAUUCUCCCCAUCAUAAGGAAACUACCGUAUGCCUUGCAAGAAAAAUGGACGUCAAGAGCUGUCCGCUACAAAAGAGAAAACAGAGUGACAUUUCCACCCUUCGACGAACUUGUCGCGUUUAUGCAAGAAAUGAGUCGGAUAAAGAACGAUCCUAGCUUCAUCUACGAUGUGAACAAUAACGUAGAGAAACCAAGUUCAACGAACCCAAGUACUCACAACAGACUUAAAGUGAACGUUAGAAAGACUGAAGCUACGAAGGGCAACACUGACAGUGUAUUUAAGUGCAUUCUACAUACUAACUCGAAGCACACUUUGAACGAAUGUAAAGCAUUCAGGGCCAAGUCUAUUGAAGAGAGACGACAACUUGUGAAGGAGAAUGGUUUAUGUUUUCGAUGCUGCGGAUCCAAGGAGCACUUCAAACGAGACUGUAAGGUAGUCAUAAAGUGCACAGAGUGCGGUAGCGACACACACCCCUCAGCAUUGCACAUCACACCUCAGUUAACGAGAACUCACAACAUGACUGAAGUUCAUGGCGGGGAGCACAAGGCAGAAGUUGACUCAAAAUGUACCCAAAUUUGUGGUAAUGCUCGAUUCACUAGCAAAUCAUGUUCCAAGAUAAUUUUAGUGAAAGUUUUCCGCGAAGGCUUCCCAGACAAUGCAGUAAAACUGUAUGCCAUAAUAGACGAUCAGAGUAAUCGUUCCCUAGUAAAGUCAAAAGUACUCAAUGAUCUACAAGUCAAGAGUGAAUACAUAGACUACAUAUUGACGUCAUGUGCAGGUUCGAGUCCUACCAAAGGAAGAAGUGCUACUGGUCUCAUAAUACAGUCCUUAGAUGGCAGCACUCAAUUUAAAUUGCCCACUGUUAUCGAGUGCAACCACAUUCCACACAAUCGUUCGGAGAUCCCAACUCCAUGUGUUGCCAGAUCCUACCCCCAUCUGAGGGACAUCGCUGGAUCAAUUCCUGAUUUGGACGAUCAAUGCGACACACUACUUUUAAUAGGUAGAGACUUAUUAGAGGCACACCAUGUCUUAGAUCAACGCCUUGGUCCUAAGACCACACCGUAUGCUCAAAGACUUCACCUUGGUUGGGUGAUUGUUGGAGAAGCCUGCCAUAACCAGACCCACAUACCUGAGGUUGUGAAUGUGAAUAAAAUUAACAUCCUUGGAAGUGGUCGUCCAUCCUUAUUUCUACCAUGCAACAGUGCUUUCAAUGUCGAGGAGAUUACCGAAGGGACUGCGACGAGAGCUGAAAGGCCCCUCUUCCCUUCAAACAAACCUACCAUUGGUCAACCAAACACUAUCCAGAAUCCCAUUGAUCCAGGUAUAUUCACUAGAUCUGCUCACGAUGAGAAGAUAGGAUUUUCUGAGGAAGACAGAAAUUUCGUCGCUCUAAUGGAUAAAGAUUUCAAAAGGGACUGCGAUGGGAGCUGGAAAGCCCCUCUUCCCUUCAAGAAACACCGACAAAAAUUGCCAAAUAACAGGCCACAGGCUUUAAAACGAGCUAACAUUCUUGCAACUAGUCUCCGUAAGAAUGACACAAAGAGACAACAUUUCAUAUCAUUCAUGGAGAAAAUCUUCAGCAGAGGACAUGCUGGCCCAGCACAACCUCUUAAAGAAAACCAAGAGUGCUGGUACCUUCCACUCUUUGGGGUCUACCACCCCAGGAAACCAGACCAAAUUAGAGGGGUGUUCGACUCCUCAGCUACCUAUGAGGGAACAUCCUUGAACAAUGUUUUACUCCAAGGCCCGGAUCUGACGAACAGUCUCCUAGGUGUACUUCUACGCUUCCGUAAAGAAAUGAUAGCGGUAGUGGCAGACAUACAACACAUGUUCCAUUGUUUUAAAGUUGUAGAAGAACACAGGAACUAUUUGAGAUUUUUUUGGCACAGAGACAAUGAUGUGAACAACGAGCUGAUGGAAUACUGUAUGUUUGUGCAUGUAUUUGGCAACAGACCAUCCCCGGCAGUCGCAACAUACGGUCUUCGUAAAAUUGCUGACAUAUCUGAGAACACACAUGGAAUAGAAGUCGCACAGUUUAUCCGUAGAAACUUCUAUGUAGACGAUGGCCUAACAUCAUGUCCCACAGCCGAAGAAGCCAUAAGUUUGUUGCAGAAAACUCAAGAUGCAUUGAAACGAAAUGGCAAUCUAAGAUUACACAAGUUCGCUUCGAACAGCUCCACUGUAAUGAAAACCCUUGAUCCUGAUGACUUGGCUGAUGGUGUCUAUUAUCUUGACUUGGAGGAUGAUCCAGCAAUGCAACGGAGUCUUGGCAUCAAUUGGAAUCUCACCAGUGACAGUUUCAUAUUCAGUGUCUCAACAGAGGACAAACCAUUGACAAGAAGAGGCGUUUUGUCGACAGUUAACAGUUUAUAUGACCCUCUUGGCUUUCUUGCACCAGUGAUCAUCGUAGGAAGACUCAUUAUGAGGCAGGUCGUCUCGGAAACAUCUGAUUGGGAUGAACCACUGACCGAACCUGUCAAGUCUCAAUGGGCCACUUGGAAAUCAUCAUUACAAGCCUUGGAAAGAAGUCAUGUGCCACGUGCAAUCACACAAAAUUUGAGCAAAUCUACAAAAAGAGAACUCUUAACAUUUUCUGAUGCCUCGGAAAAGGCAAUAGCGGCGGUAUCUUAUCUCAGGACAACAUAUGAGGGUGGAUCUCAACAAGUCGGAUUCAUAUUGGGAAAAACAAAGGUUGCACCCUCAUCAGGACACACAAUUCCAAGGCUUGAAUUAUGCGCAGCAGUUCUAGCCAUAGAAGUUGCUCAAACAGUUCAAGAUCACAUUGAUAUUGAAUUUCAGGAUGUGAAAUAUUUUUCUGACAGUCGUGUUGUCCUAGGUUACAUCCACAACGACACAAGACGUUUUCAUGUGUAUGUUUCUAACAGAGUGGAGAAGAUCAGAAACCUCAGUCUACCUGAACAGUGGUCCUAUGUUCCAACAAAUAUGAAUCCUGCAGAUGAAGGAUCCAGAGGAAUACUGGCAGAGAACCUACAAAGGAGUGUAUGGUUAAAUGGACCCUCUGAUUUCUUGAACAAGACUCCUGACACAACCAGUGAGAUGUUCGAACUCAUUGAACCACGAGAGGACAAAGAAAUUCGUAACACCUGUUUGAAGACUCAGUACACACCUACACUGGGUACCCACAGGUUUGAGAGAUUCCAAGAAUGGAACCACCUCACUGAAGCUAUUGCUCUUUUGAAACGCUUUCUUGAGCAUAGAAAAGAGAAUAAAACCAAGAUCAUACCAAAGUCCAUAGAUUCAUAUAAGGCAGCUGAAAAAGUUAUCAUCAAAGCCGUACAACAAGAAAUAUAUGCUGAGGAAACAGACUGCUUACGUUCUUCACGAAGCUUACCACGAAACAGUCCUAUACUCUCUUUAGAUCCUUUCCUAGAUGACGAAGGUAUCCUCCGUGUAGGUGGACGGCUGAAAAAUGCUCGAGUGGACACCGUAUGCACACAUCCUAUAUUGAUACCUGGGAAACAUCAUACCGCUAAGCUUCUGAUCAUCAAGUGUCAUCAGUCAGUUCGUCAUCAAGGUCGUUACUUCACGGAAGGCAAAGUGAGAUCCAGUGGAUAUUGGAUAACUGGAUGUAGGCGCCUUGUCGUUUCGAUCUUAAACAACUGUGUAGUUUGCAGAAGAUUGCGUAGACAAUGCGAGACCCAGAAAAUGUCUGACCUACCUGAAGAACGCCUGAUCCCAGGGCAGCCUCCUUUUACUUCAGUAGGGGUAGACGUUUUUGGACCAUGGAACGUCAUAACUCGUAGAACCAGAGGAUCGUCAGCAAGCAGCAAACGAUGGGCAGUUCUGUUUACCUGUCUCGUCACUCGCGCAGUACACAUAGAGGUCCUUGAAGAGAUGUCCUCAUCAUCAUUUAUAAAUGCUCUGAGACGGUUCAUGGCAAUCCGUGGUAAAGUGAAGACAUUUUGGUCGGAUAGAGGUACAAACUUCGUUGGUGCUGUUGACCCUCUACACAUAGAUGCAAUCUGGGUCGAAGACUUUCCAUUGAAACAAUUCCUUUACAACGAAGGGACCAUUUGGAAAUUCAAUCCUCCCCAUGCAUCACACAUGGGUGGUGUAUGGGAGAGACUCAUAGGGAUAACGAGACGAAUUCUUGAUAGCAUGUUGCUAGAUCACCGACGGGUUGGACUUACACAUGAAGUGCUGGUUACUCUUUUAGCAGAGACUAGUGCAAUGAUCAACUCACGACCAUUGACGGGUAUCUCUUCUGACCCAAACUCAUCAUUCAUCCUCACACCAAACAUUCUACUAACUCAGAAGAUGGAUGUAUUAAACGAAAAGAUUUGUGAAACUGAUUCUAAGGAUUUGAUGCGUGUUCAGUGGAAAAGAGUACAACACCUUGCAAAGGUAUUCUGGGACAAGUGGAAGAAGGAAUAUUUACACACUCUACAGACUCGAAAGAAAUGGCAUCAGACCCAAAGAAAUGUUCGUGUUGGUGAUGUGAUACUGAUGAGAGAGAAAGAUACGCAUCGAAAUGAAUGGCCCUUAGGCAUCGUCACCAAGGUGUUUCCUGGACAAGAUGACCUAGUGCGUAAAGUGGAGGUCAAGGUCAACCGGAAUGACAAGAUCACUUCAUACACCAGGCCGGUGAACGAUAUUGUUAUCCUCUUGGAACAGUGAUGUACUUUCAGAAAUAUGUUCUUUGAAUCUUGAAAAUGCUUUCAUGCAGUGUUAGAACAUAUGUUUGACAUAUUCAGUUGUAAUAGACACAGACAUGUACAUUACGAAUUUCUUACUGUUUAUAGUUGAAGUUUAAAUAUUGUGAUAUCUAAAGAUAUCAGACGGGGAGUGUGCUGUCGCGAUAAGCGAAUCGAAUUGGUACGACUUGCUAUUUUUGGUUACCUUUAUGUUACGUCAUGAUGCAGACGCGUCGACAGUCUCCGUCUGAUUUUUUAUCUAAAUCUCAGGAAAUUACAGUUCUUUUACCAUACAUUGACACGGAAUAAAUCUGGACCUUGUUUUGGUUAA